GGGUGUUUAACUUGAGAGUGAUGACUCAUUUGCAUUCCUCGCCUUUAUAGUACGUUUAAGGAACAGGAUAAAGCCCAUUUUGAUCACACUCCAGUUUUUUUUUCCCGAAACACAGAUCUUUUGUGUGAUCCUGUGUUUCUUUCUGGGUCUGGACAUGUCUGCCGACUGCCCCAAGGCCCCUCCUAGCUCUCUGCCCGGGACCCACAUGAACUGUGAGAUAGCGGUGCUCCCCCUGGAGCUGCUGCUCAGCUUACAGCGAUCACACUUCCAUGUCGUGGGGAAUAACAUUCAGGUCAUCCAGCGACCAGCAGCUGGUUAUAAUGUGAUCUCCAAUGGCCAUGUCAAGGCGGAGCGGCAGUGGAACCUGAUCAAUUGCCUGCAGAGGAAAAUUACUUUUACAUCUCGCAAGGAAUAUAGAAGCUUUCAAGAGGCAAUAUUAAGCAAGCCAAUGGUCUUUUUUACUAGUAUAAAGCCCGCUAAAGGUUCUACAAAAGAAACAGCUUAUGCCAUCAUUGUGAACACUUGUCACCCCAAAAUGAGACAAGAGAUUCAGGAUAGUAUGAACGAUGUCACUGCAUCAGAAAUAGAGACAAACUACAUCCUUCAGUUCACCAUGCAAAAACCAGUCCAGUCAUUCUUUAGUGUGAAAGAGGGAUAUAAAAUGCAUGGUCUCGAUUUGGAUUUCACAUGUGAGUUGAAAUGUGAUUCAUUCGAGUGUACUUCAAAGAUCAAGGAACUGGACGGAAAGAUUCUAGACUUGUCUUGCGUAACAGAAGAUGAGAAAUGCAAAGUGAAAAGCUUUCUGGACAGGAUGAGUGAGCCUAAUGUUCAAAUCGACACUGUAUCUGAGCAGAGUCCUGGUGCAGUUUCCUCACUUUGUGCAGGUUCAUCUGAAAAAGAAGUGCUUAGUUCGUCUCGAGGGCAAUCAUAUGCCAAGAGGACAUCCGUAAAGGAAAAGUCUUCAGCACAGUUUCCUGCCGUGAAUGAAAAAUCAUAUCUGCUGCAAUUUACACAAAACUUGCCCAGAUAUAUAGAAUGAAGCUUUUAAAAAAUGAAAUCAAAUUCCAAGUGCUUUAACUCAAAUGUGCCUUAUUAAUUUACAACAUUUAAAAGGCAUCUGGAUGGGUACAAGAGUAAGAAAGAUUUAGAGGGAUAUGGGCCAGAUGCUGGCAAAUGGGAGUAGAUUAAUUUAGGAUUUCUGGUCGGCAUGGACGAAUUGGACUGAAGAGUCUGUCUCUGUGCUGUACGACUCUAUGACUCUAAUCACCUUGAAUGAGUCUGAAUUUGGGAACAAUGUAUGAGAAGGAUCUUUUUAAACUAUCUGGUAGUUGGAUUAGCCUGGGUUAUUUUUCUCAUAUCUCCUGUAAAUAUUUUUUUGUUGAAGCUUGAGGAACUUAUACCUUUCUUAAUUCAUGAACUGUUAUCUGUAGUAAUAACUCAUCUUUCAUUAACAACUACAAUUAUUAUCAUGGGAAGACAAGUGUGUUACCACCAUGAUUUCAGUUCUGUUGUCUGGGCAGUAACAUGGUAGUACAGAUCAACCUUACUCUAUGGGACUUAAUUCAAUUUCAGUUCCAUGGAUUAUGUGAGGGAUGAAUGUUACAGUAGGUGAACAAUUUGUUCCGUCAGAUUAUCACAAGAUGACAAAAAUAAAAGAAAAAGCCAGUUUUCAUUUUGUAUUUAAAAAAAACUUGUUUCUUUUUGUAUAACUGACAAUAUGGUAAUGAUGGGAUUGGUCAAGGGGCAAUAAGGCGUUUUACAGGUUCCAGUUCUGUGCUUCUUAGAAGCUAUAUUCAUUUAACUAACCAAACAUCACCGUAUGAAGGAGAAGGAACGAAACUCCAAAUAUUGCAUUCCAGCCACAACCUCAAACAUUCACUCCUUUUAUUAGAUUAGAUUAGAUUACAUACAGCCUGGAAACAGGCCCUUUGGCCGAACAAGUCCACACCGACCCACCGAAGCGCAACCCACCCAUACCCCUACAUUUGCCCCUUACCUAACACUACGGGCAAAUUAGCAUGGCCAAUUCACCUGACCUGUACAUCUUUCGACUGUGGGAGGAAACCAGAGCACCCGGAGUAAACCCACGCAAACUACACUAUAUAUAGUGGCAAAAGUAGAUACCAUUUACACUGCACUACAGUAACUCACCAAAGUAACCUUCCAAACCUGUAAUCUUUACCUCCUAGAAGGACAAGAGCAGCAGAUGCAUGGGAACUGUGUUGAUCCCUGGCUUAUGAUAAUGGUGGAGUGAUAGUUUUGCUGGACUAUUCCUGAUGGUGUACAGAACCUCAUUGAUGCCCAAUGUUUAUUUGCUAGCUCCGUUUGAAAUCUAUCCCAUCUAUCCCAUAGUAUCACAUAACAUAAUGGCACAUAUCCUCAAUGUAAAACUAGAACUUCAGCUCAACAAGGACUUUUUCAGAUACUAUCAUGGGUGGAUGCAUCUGUGGAAGGCAGUUUAGUGAGGGAUGUAGUCCAAUAUAGUUUUCCCUCUUGUUACUUUUAUGUCCCAUACCCUGUCUACCAGCUGUGUCCUUUAUGACUCAGCUAGCUCUGUCAGUGGUGGUGCUGCCAAGCUGCUGGUGAGAGACAUUGAAGUCGCACACCUAGAAUAAUUCUGUUCCCUUACCACUCUCAGUGAUUCCUUCAACUGGUGUUCAACAUGGAGGGGUAGAGACAAACACACAAAAUUGGAGCCAAAGUAAUCAUUCACCCUCUUGAGCCUGUUUCACCAUUCAAAAGAUCAUGGCUCAUCUGAUGCUGUUUUGAAUUCAAUGGUCUGAUCCACCCUCAAUAAGCUUUGACUCCCCUGUCAAGCAAGAACCUAUCAAUCUCUGUCAUAAAAAUCUUCAAUGACUCUCAUCUGCUGUAUUUGAGGCAUCGAGUUUUGAUGUCUUACAGUUCUUGGAUGAGUUCUCCUCAUCUCUGGCCUGGAAGUGUGAUCAAUUUUAAAACAAUGCCUCCUUGGUUCAGGACUCAUCCAUGAGAAGAAACAUCCUUUCCCGUCUACAUUAUCAUUCAGGAUCUUAUACAGUGCAAUUAAGUCAUCCUAACUCUUCUAAACUUCAGCAGAGACAACAUGUCCAUCUUUCCUUAUAAGCCAACCCACUCACUCCAGGUGUCAAUCCAGUAAAUCCCUCUGAACCGCCUUGAUGUAUUUACAUCCAUCCUUAACUAAGGAGACCAAAACUAUGUACCAGCUUUGAGAUGUGAUCUUACCUAUGCCUUGUGUAACUAAUGCAUAAGAUUCUUUUUUGUACAAUUUCUCUUGUAAUAAAGGAUAUCAUCCCAUUA